AUGAGCGCCGAUCCCCUCGAGCCCAACCCCGCAUCCGCUCCGCUGCGCCCGUUUGGCGAAAGCCCCAUCCCCACCCGCCGCGGUGGGUUUGCCGGGCAUCCGCCCGAGGUCGCGGCCCUGGGCCCGACGCGAGGCGCCCGCGGCGGCCCUAAGGAUACGCGCCAUAUCCCUGGAGAGGCCAUCCUCUCGGCUGGAUCCAGACGGCGCGACGUACAGUGGCCCGCGUGCCAACCUGCCAGCGUUAACCCUUGGAUUAUUGUGAUGACUCACAGCACCAGUCAGAUCCGCAUAGGUGGAGUAGCACGUGGGAUGGCGACCGCGGAAGCUUUCUCACGGCUACGGGUCUCUGACGAGCGCGAGGGGCCGUCCAGCUCCUCCCGCCCGUUCGGCUUCUCGGCUGGCGUGCAAGAGCCGACCCAGGUGCGAUUGGCGGUGGGCACCGUGGAGUUUUUCCCGUUUCCGGUCCAGACCGCUGAGGGACGUCCCAUACCGAGCAGGCGCAUCGUGGACGCCAAGGUGGAGGGCAGGCCCGAACGCGUGCGAUUCAUAGCGUUCCGGAACCAUUACUCAUCGUGCGUCACCGUCAAGGCUCGCGUCGCCGGAUCGGGGGGCGCAUCCGGGCCGUGGCAGACGGUGCUGACAACCUACAAGCUGAUGAGGUCGCCGCACUUCGAGGACGAUGCGGAGGACUGGAAGGUCAUCGAGCUGCCGGAUCGGACGAGGAACGGAUUGGAGCUGGACAGGGUGACGGAGCUGCGACUGUACCUGUUCCAGCCCUCGGCGAUGUUCAACGGCGCGCACUACGGGAUACGGAGCCUGGCGGCUUACUCCGACGGGAACAAAGAGUCGUGCCUGAGAGCCGCGUACAGGGCGCACCUGCCCACCGAGGCGACCGCGAAGGAGGACAGCGCGGGCGAGCCGAGCUUGGAGGCACUGAUACCCGGGAUAGACCUCGAGGCGGCGACGGGCGGCGACGGUGCGGGUGGCAUUCCGGUGGACGAGCUCGAAGGAGUCGUCGCUUCAGCCGUCGACUUAGCCAGAGCGCUUCGAGACGUCUAUCGCACGAGGGGCCAAACCGAGGAUCCAGUCCCGAAGGGAUUCCGACAGGCGUUCGAUAAUUAG